UGAGUUUAUAAAUAGAUAGAUAGAUAGAUAGACAGAUAGAUAUUGCUCUCUCCUCUCUUUCUCUUUACUUUGUUCCACCGAAUUGUAUUCCUUUUUUUAUAUACUCACUGCAAUGGGGGAAAUGGAAAAGGUUACGAUUAUGGUCCUGAAGGUAGAUCUUCAGUGUCACAAAUGCUACAAGAAGGUCAAAAAAGUUCUUUGUAAAUUCCCUCAAAUACGAGACCAGAAAUAUGACGAGAAGGAAAACCAAGUGGAGAUCAAAGUGGUAAGCUGCAGUCCAGAAAAGAUAAGGGACAAGAUUUGUUGCAAAGGUGGGUGUGCCAUCAAAUGCAUCGAGUUCAAAGAGCACGAGCCCAAGCCAACCAAAGCUAGCGAAAAAGAUAACGGCAAGAUUAAAAUAGUUAGCGGCAAGCCCAAAGAUGAUGAAAAAGAUAACGGCAAGAUUAAAAUAGUCAGCGGCAAGCCCACAGAUGAUGAAAAAGAUAACGGCAAGAUUAAAAUAGUUAAAAGCAAGCCUAAAGGUCAAGACGGGCCUAAAAAAGAUAACGGCAUGCCUGACAUAGUUAAUGGUGAUGAACAAGAUAAUGGCAAGCCUAAAUAUCCUGUUGUGAUAGGGUACCCACCGCUUGUCCCCGCAUGUUGUAUGGAUUGUUACCUGGGGCAUGCAGGUAGACCAUGCUACAGUGGUUGUGGCGGGCAGCAAUGCUACUGUCGUUGUGGUGGGCGGCAAUGCUACUGUCGUUGUGGUGGGCGGCCAUGCUACAAUCGUUGUGGUGGGCAGCCGUGCUACAGUGGUUAUGUCGAGCGGCCAGCCCUGUACAUCCGGUAUGAUGGUUACUAUGGGAGGCCUGUGUAUGACAAUUACAGUGGUGACAGCAGGGGGUAUUGUGUUACCCACACUAACUAUUUCAGUGAAGAAAAUCCCUCAGCUUGCACAGUCAUGUAAAUCAUCGAUCAUCUUGUUGGACCAUGACACCUUCUUCAAUCUCGGGAUAAUAUUUUAGCAGUGUAUGUUGGUUGCUAAAGUUGAAAAAAACUUUAGUUUUAAUAAAAAAUGAUAAAUAAAGGUGUAGGAAAAUAUAAAAAUAUAAUUUUUCGUUAAAUAUGAACAAUAUUAAGAGUGUUUCGUUUAAACUCUA